GCGAUCAUUUCCUGAUCUAUUAACAAAGGAUGCAGAUCAUGGGGUGCAAGAGUUUCUUGAGUUUUAUUUGCCUUACCGGGUAUUUAUGCUCCAGGGCUUUCUGCGAUGGCCCUUACCAACCGAACUGGAAGAGUCUUGACAGCAGGCCUUUACCCAGCUGGUACGAUGAGAGCAAGUUUGGGAUUUUCAUCCACUGGGGAGUGUUUUCCGUGCCCAGCUUCGGCAGCGAGUGGUUCUGGUGGCACUGGAAGGGAAGCAAGGAUCCUAGCUAUGUGGCGUUUAUGGAAAAGAACUACCCACCGGGGUUCGAAUACACCGACUUCGCUCCAGAAUUCACCGCCACCUUCUUCAACCCGGAUCAAUGGGCGGAACUGUUCGAGGAAUCCGGAGCCAGGUAUGUGGUGCUGACAUCAAAACACCAUGAAGGGUUCACAAACUGGGGAUCACCAGUGUCCUGGAACUGGAACUCCAUUGACACAGGACCACAUCGAGAUCUAGUGGGUGAUCUGGCAGCUGCUGUUCGUAGACGGAAGUUAUAUUAUGGAGUGUACCAUUCUCUCCUUGAGUGGUUUAACCCUCUCUUCUUGUAUGACAAGCUAAACAAAUUCAAGACCCAGAAAUUUGUUGUGGAAAAAACUUUACCAGAACUGUACGAACUGGUCAUGAGAUAUAAACCUGAUAUAAUCUGGUCAGAUGGGGACUGGGAGGGACCAGAUACGUACUGGAAUUCCACUGGAUUUCUCGCCUGGCUUUACAAUGAUAGUCCUGUCAAGGAUACUGUGGUAACUAAUGACCGCUGGGGAGUUGGCUGCGCUUGUAAACACGGUGGCUUCUACGACUGCAAAGACAAAUACAGUCCCGGUGAACUACAGAACCACAAAUGGGAGAUGUGCACCUCAAUCGACAAAAGGUCAUGGGGAUAUCGCAGAAAUAUGAUGAUGAGCGACGUGAUGGAUCUGCCAUCCCUUCUCACUAAUUUACUGGAUACUAUCGCUUAUGGUGGCAACUUCCUGCUCAACAUCGGUCCAACGAAAGACGGCACCAUCGCUCCUAUUUUUGAGGAAAGGUUGCGUGGCCUGGGACAGUGGCUGCGUGUUAAUGGUGAAGCAAUAUAUGCAUCAACACCAUGGAGAGUUCAGAAAGAGACCUCUACAAAUAUAAUAUGGUACACCAGUAAAGGAUCCUCAGUUUAUGGAAUAUUUACAAAGUGGCCCAUUGACAACAUCCUACAACUGGAAUCACCAAAGACCUUUCCAAACACCACUGUGACAAUGUUGGGAAUCCCAAAACCUCUGAAAUGGACGACUUCUCCCACCAAAGGCCUUCUCAUCUCCCUGUCCCCUCUUUCUCCAUUUACUGCCCCCUCAAAAAAUGGCUGGACAGUGAAAAUGGAAGGUGUUUCAUAAUCGGCAAAAGGUUUAGUUCUACUGAGAAUGACAAAGGAAUGUAUUUUAUAAUUCUGAAAGUGAUUAAAGAAUAUGAUUAAACUUAAUUUUUGCAUGAAAAUUAUACAUUGAAUGAUACAUGAUAAAAUGGAGAUUACAUAAUUUUGUAAAUCAAAGCACAUUACCUGACAACUCAGUACAAUGUAAGGUGAAAAAAAAACUAUCUAAAGUACAAAUCUUUGACCAUAAACUCCAUAUGUUGAGGUUGAAUGAGCUAUGGUGUGAUUUUUAUACUUUUAUAAUUUUGUAUUGCUUCACAUGACUUGGGGAUUU